CGGAAGGUGAAAUUGAGAGAAGAAUAUAGCUUAGUAAUUGAAAAAAAAGCAGCUGCUGCAUUCUCCCUGUCGUCACGAAGGUCUGCUGCAGCACGCGACGUCUGUACAGAGGGAUUCCACCACGCAAAAGUAUUCCAGAAGGGGAGGGGUUUGAUUCCCUACUGACGUGUAGUGUGUUGUCGUCUGCUACUCAAAAUGGGUCACUCGGCUAUGUCAGACAAAGAUGUCGACAAGGGUAAAGUGGACAGCCUAUGGUUGGCUCCGACGCCAAGCAAGAGAUGGGCAGAAGCUUUUUUUUUGAUUUACUGCUCUUCCUUCCUGGUGCUAGCGCUUGGGAUCAUUGUUCCGCUGCAACUCUUUGAGAGAUUCACGGAGGUGGAGUACAUGGCGCUUGGGCUCUGUGGGGCCCUUCCGUGCUUUUUGAUUCCUUUGUUAUUUCCAGGGAAGAUCUGCGAUUCCUCCUAGUAUGGAUGGGAAAUAUGACGUGGACAAACUUAUUGCUGAAAGUGCCUUUCAAACUGGACGUAGAGGAAGACCUCAACGACAGUAUAAAGUAAGAUUUGCAUAUCAGGACCCAAGUGAAGAUCGCUGGUUUACGAGGGAAGAAUUGAUUGAUUUUGCAACUCAUAUUGUAUCUGCUUAUGAAAGAGCAAGAAGCGGAAUUAAUAUUGUGAAUAGGUAAGGAUUUUCUCAGAGGACUUUGAAAUUAGGCCGGCGAGAGUAAAAGGGCCUUUACAAA